GUUCGCUGCGGAUCUUCCAUCCUAUCCGUCGCCUCCUCCGGCACCGUCACCCGAAUGGGUGGCCCUGUGAUAGCGUACGCCGACGCCGCGAGGCGUUUCAUCUAUCAUCAUCAGGCGGCACCAUUGGAGCAAGCGGCAAAGCGAACAACUUCUGCGACGUCUUCUGGCGCGCCGGACCGCAGCGACACGUGCAAUGCGAUCGGUCCUGGACGCGACAUACCAGGGUGCUUCGCACCGCCGCAAGAUAAAAGAUGGCCGACGGGCAGGCUCUGACACUGACAGUCCAGACCCCGUCCGUUGCAGUUCUCGAGUCGGUUCACUUCUGCUGCCAUGUUCAUCUCUAUGCGUCGCAUCGCAGCGACCCUGUUGAGCGCGCUCUUCAUUCCCCGCGUGUUGGCGGACGUUCCUAUCUCGAACGGCUUCAAGUAUGGGACCGACAAGGUCUACGGUGUCAACUUGGGUGGAUGGCUAGUACUUGAGCCAUGGAUAACCCCAAGUCUGUUCGACUCGACAGGAGACAGCAGAAUCGUCGACGAAUGGACAUUCGGCCAGUAUCAAAGCAAGGCCAUGGCUACUGCUGCGCUGCAGGCACAUUGGGCAACAUGGAUCACCGAGAGCGACUUCGCCGACAUCGCAGCAGCUGGCUUGAACCAUGUCCGGCUACCUAUCGGUUACUGGGCUUGGGACGUCUCCGAGGGCGAACCCUACAUCCAAGGUCAACUCCCCUACCUAAGCAAAGCCGUUACUUGGGCCGGCAACCACGGCCUCAAGUUGAUAGUCGAUCUGCACGGCGCACCCGGCAGUCAGAACGGAUUCGACAACUCCGGGCGUCGCAUCUCGUACCCCGAAUGGCACACAAACUCUGAUAACGUAGACCGCACGACGGCAAUCAUCAAGAAGCUUGCAAAUAUGUUCAAAGAUCAAGCUAACGUUGUCACGACUAUUGCUCCACUGAACGAACCCGCAGGCUUCUACGGCGAUGACGUCCUUACCGUCCUGAAGCAAUACUGGCAUGACUCCUACGGCAACAUUCGAUUCCCGUACGGCUCGGCUAAACAGGGUAACAACCUCGUCUUGCUGCACGAUGCUUUCCAGGACCUCAGUUAUUGGGAUGGCUUCAUGCCAUCCCCGGAUUACCAAGGCGUGGCAUUGGACACUCAUCAGUACCAGAUCUUCUCCGAUGCCGAGGUCGCCCGAUCAAAUGCGGACCACAUUAACGUCGCCUGCGCCAAGGGCUCAUCCUUCUCGAGCUUCUCCAAGUCUCAGCUCUGGCUCAUCGUCGGAGAGUGGACGCCGGCCGCGACCGACUGUGCCAAGUACCUGAACGGCAAGGGAGUUGGAGCGCGAUACGAUGGUUCGUAUACUGGAUCUCCAAAGAUUGGGAGCUGCACCGGGAAGACCGGCAGCGCGUCCUCGUUCAGCUCCUCUUACAAGACGUGGCUCCGUCAGUAUUGGGAAGCACAGGCUAUCACGUACUCCAAGGGUGCCGGGUGGAUUCAAUGGACAUGGAAAGCAGAGAACGCCGAUGAUUGGACAUACCAGGCUGGACUCAAGGGUGGCUGGAUCCCACAGAGCCCGACAGACUACAAAUAUCCGACCAUUUGCGGGUGAUCCGAGAUUUACCACUUGCCUCAGUCAUGCGAUACUACGAGCACGCACGACCAACACGCCUACGUCAACGAUAGUUUUGUUGCAAUUCACCGAUUUGUUUCCAACGCUGGCACGGACACCGGGACUCCUCGUUGUAUAUCAUCCUACCUCUCCCUUGUACACGAUACCUUGUCAGAUAGCUGAGAAUGGAUCUCGUUCGGAUUCAAAGUUUUCGUUGAAUCGAACUGAUGGAACAUGGAGAGACCGAAGGUGCGUUUGUGCGGCCCGAGCUGGAGAAACCCUCCUCCUCGAGGGAAGAUGGACGCCCAUUCGGCGUCGGAGUCCAGUGUAUGUUCGCUCUACAAAGAUCGUGCUGGUUGGUGCCCGUCGAAGACGUAAGACCAGGUCAAAUGUGGUCAACGUGGUGAGCAGGGCCACGACAGCUACACCAAACGUCUGGGCUCCCAUACGCCGGAGACGAGGAAGGGAUGUCAU